ACGAAUCGUUCACGAACUGAUCUUUGUCUCCACUGCGUUGGUUUCGCAAUCCUCUCAAGUAAUGGCCGCCUGUUAGUACAGCAUUCCAAACUACCUCGUCUCAUCGAAAAGGGGUUUCUUCUCUAGUGACCGAUAACUCACAUUACGCAAAAAACCAAGAUGCCAGUGGCAGUAGGACCGUAUGGCCAGCAACAGCCAGCCUGCAUUGACAGAAUUAAAAUGGGAUUCAUGAUGGGCUUCGCUGUUGGGAUGGCAGCUGGUGCCAUGUUUGGAACCUUUUCCUGUCUAAGGGUUGGCAUGAGAGGCAGAGAGCUGAUGGGAGGAGUUGGGAAGACAAUGAUGCAGAGUGGAGGCACAUUUGGUACAUUUAUGUCCAUUGGGAUGGGCAUCCGCUGCUGAGACCACCUACCAUACUUAAUGAAAAUGACAUAGUGGGACUUUUGUCAUAACUCAUUCCCAUGUCACACUUUGUCCCAGAACGAUGGAGAAAUGUCAAUAAAUGCUGUGAUUUCAA